ACUGUCACUCACACUCCUCACUGGGCUUACUUUCACACCCCAAAAACUCUAAUGGAAAAUUGCAGAAGGUCUCCAUUGAAGCCGUGGAAGAAAGGUCCAACAAGAGGCAAAGGCGGUCCUCAAAAUGCCAUGUGUGAGUACCGAGGGGUUCGUCAGAGAACAUGGGGCAAAUGGGUGGCAGAAAUAAGAGAACCCAAGAAGAGAACCAGACUGUGGUUGGGUUCUUUUGCCACUGCUGAAGAAGCUGCUAUGGCCUAUGAUGAGGCUGCAAGAAGAUUGUAUGGACCGGAUGCUUAUCUUAAUCUACCUCACCUUCAGUCUAACUUUAAUCCUCUAAACAAAUCACAGAAGCUCAAAUGGAUUCCUUCCAAGAACUUCAUUUCCAUGUUCCCUUCUUGUGGGCUGCUUAAUAUACAUGCACAGCCUAGCGUUCAUGUCAUCCAUCAGCGGCUCGAAGAACUCAAGAAUAACAGGCCCCUUCAUCAAUCCUCUGUCGCUUCUAGUUCUUCCUCCUCUGAAUCCAGAAAUGAAGUGAUGAUUGUAAGUGACGAAAACCAUGUAGCAAAUCUCGCCGUAGCAGAGAAAGAUGUGGAAAUAUCAUCAGAGAAGAUGCUGCUAAGAAAUCAUGACGAGAAACCACAGAUUGAUCUGAACGAGUUCCUUCAGCAGCUGGGCAUACUGAAAGAAGAGAAACAGCCAGAUAGCAAUGAUGUCGAAGAAUGUCUCACGGUGCCAGAAUCUUCACAAAAAUAUGAAAACGAACUUGCAGCAUUGGCAGACAAGAGUUUCAAUUGGGAUUCACUGAUUGAAAUGCAUGGAAUUACAGAUCAUCAAGCAGCAGAAUUAAAUAGUUUUCCAGUUUAUGACGUCCAAGAUGAGCCGGCUUUCCCAACUUCCAUUUGGAACUUCUAGGAGGAUAAAAUGAUUUAGGGAGAGUGAAAGCUAGCUUUGCUGCUUACUUGUUUGGAACUAGAAUGUCUGCUUUCACAUAAUAAGGUCAUACUUAGAUUGUUCUAGAUCUACUGCCAUUUGAAUUGCUCUAUGAUAGUCGUUACUUCUGUUCAUUGGCAACAUAGAUCAGACUAGAAAGCAUUUGACCUUACCAGAUAGAUAGAGCGGAGGCGUUAUAGGAGCAAGGGUUGGGUGGAAGGAAGUUCAUAUUGCAAUAUGAUAGUAGCAACUUAAUUACUAGGUUUCUUCUUGACCCAUGGCUGAUGUGAACUUACCCAUGUUUGUUGGGCUGAUUUUGGCAACGCUAGAUUUAUAUGUACUUCUGCAAUUUGCUUGCUUUACGACAUAGGAAUUCACAAGGAAGCAUGUUACA